AUGCUCGUUCUGCUUCUAAUAGGUCCAAAAGGAGGUAAACGUAAAACACCAGCAGCACCUAGCACAAUAUCAAAAUUAGAAGAUAAAUCGUUAACGUUACUGGAUAAUAAAACAUCAUUGGCUGAAAAAGCCGAGAAAACAUUUGAAUUCAAAGAUGAUGAUGUCGAUUCAUUUACCGAUAUAUCAAAACCGUUACCGCUUCAUAAUAAAAUUUCACCGAAAGCAAUCGAUCAACAACAAUCUCAACAAUAUCCGCUUAACGAUAACCAUCAAGAAACUCCACUGAGUAAACGUGGUCGAAAUUCAAAUACAAAAAACAAUACCAUAAGUACACCAGAUGAAACAACAGCAACAAAACGACGAAAUAAUCGAAAAAAUUCUUUACCAACAACAAUUGUCGGAAGAACGGCCAACGGAAGCACUGUCUCAUAUCAACAACGUCGCCCAUCAGUUAGAGCUGCUCUAAGAAAUAAUGUGAACGCAGUUGCCUCUGACUCGGUCGAUUCAAUACCGCUAGUGACUGACACAAAAUCAUCAACAUCAAGGAAAAGUAAUGAACAACAACCAUCGAAAAGUGUAAUAAAGAAACUAGUUCAAAUGCCACAAAGUAAUCAUUCAACCCAUAAUCAAAUAGAAUCAUCAGGACUAAGUCCUUCAUCAAGUGCUACUGAUGAUUUUCACACAUUUCAAAGCGUCAGUCCAACUGUGACAAAAAAGUUCAUUGCUCGUCGAUCACAACUGUCAAACCCAGUAAAAGAUGAGUCAGUCUCCCUGCAGUCACAACCAACAAUGACAUCAUCUUCAUUCACAAGCAAUGCUGUAACAUCUUCUACCCCAGCAACAAUAGCAAAUUCAACAUCUCGUUCAUUAUCGUCAUUAAAUUUAAGUGGACAUCGUUAUGAUAUUCGAACGGGCUUUUUAUCACCAUUUGAAGAACAGGAAGUGCUCGAGUCAAUUUCAAGUAUCAAUAAAACAUUACCAACGUUUGAUGAAGCAUUAAACGCUGCUGUUACAAGAUUUGAACACAUUUUAUGUUUAAAUUUAAAUCUUACACAUGUCGAUAUACCUGCUUAUUGGUUUUACACUUUUUUGUUUGCUCAUCCAAAUUUGAUUAUUCAAAACUCACAUUGGUUUGAAAAUGAUAUUGACAUAAAUGAUAAAUUGUUCAAUGAAACGGAAACAUCAACAACUAAUGAAAGUUUACAUAGAUUAAAACGUCAACUUGCUUUAUUAUCAAAAUGGUAUAAAAAAGAGUUAAAUGAAAAAUCGAUGACAAACAAAAUUAAUGAAGAUGGAGAUACUUCAAUAGCAUCACUAAAAUCAAAACGACGACGAACGAUCACGCCACAUCAACCACCGUACACACCACAGAUGAAUGGUAUCGGAAAAAGAAUAAAAACUGAAUCAUCUGAUAUUCAUGCGAUCGAAGAUGGAGAUGAUGAUGACAUUACAGUAAUACCAAACGCAUAA